UCAGCUCCAAAGGGGGCAACGGUGGAUUUAAUUAUUUUUUUUCUUUUCCGCGGCGUCCGCUCCACUGGCGUCGCUUCUCGCCUCCUUCUUCCCUCUGGGUCUCCUGGGGGAGGGGGAGCUCGAGCUCAGCCGAUCGGCCCCCUACGCGUUAAUAGCAUGUCCAGCCGCGCCGCGCCUCAGGAGGUGGCAGCGGACACCGCGGGAGCCGUGCAGCAAGAACGGGGUCCGACGGGCGCUUUCCCUUUGGUGCUGAAGAAACUGAUGGAAAAUCCUCCGCGGGACUCACGCCUGGAUAAAGAGAAAAAGGAAAAAUUUGAGGAAGAUGAAGCAGCAGCUGCAAGUACAAUGGCAGUCUCUGCCUCUCUCAUGCCUCCCAUUUGGGAUAAAACUAUUCCUUAUGAUGGGGAGUCUUUUCAUCUGGAAUAUAUGGAUCUUGAUGAAUUCCUGUUGGAAAAUGGAAUCCCUUCCAGUCCUGCUCAUCUAGAUCUGAAUCAGAAUCCCCUCCUGCCUGUGGCUGAACUGGAAGGAAAAGAACCUUCCACUGUUGUUUCCACUCCACCUGCAUCAUCUUCCACAGUGGUUUUCAAUCUAUCAGAAACGACCAAAAACUCAGAGUCCUCUCCAGAUGAUGAAAGGUUGACUCCUAGCCCUGUUGAUCCAGAUUGUGUUGAGAUUGAUGUGAAUUUCAACCCUGACCCUGCUGAUUUAGUGCUGUCCAGUGUGCCUGGAGGAGAGCUCUUUAAUCCUAGAAAGCAUAAGUUUGCUGAAGAGGACUUGAAACCACAGCCUAUGAUUAAAAAAGCCAAGAAAGUCUUUGUCCCAGAUGAUCAAAAGGAUGAAAAAUAUUGGACACGGCGGAAGAAAAAUAACGUGGCAGCCAAACGAUCUCGGGAUGCUCGGCGCCUAAAAGAGAAUCAAAUCACAAUCCGAGCUGCUUUUCUGGAGAAGGAGAACACAGCCUUGAGGACCGAAGUUGCAGAACUACGGAAAGAAGUGGGAAAAUGCAAGAAUAUUGUCUCUAAAUAUGAGAGCAGAUAUGGAUCCUUUGACUUAUCCGAUUCCGAAUGAUGCAUCUUUAAAGACUCUUAAAAUCACAAAGAAACUAAACGCUACACAUGAAACCACCUGCCAUCAAAGUGAACAGUGAGACACAUGAGGUAUUCUACACAAACCAUCUGAUCUGAUGACUCUGCUUCUCUGCAAGUAUCUCCUAGAACUACCUAAGGGCUGAGCAUGAUGAAAAGACUAAGAUUUCUAAUUCUACACUUCCCUUUGUACUGCUCUUUUCCUUGUUGUGGCAAUUUGCAGUACAUUGUUUAUUUCUUUUCAACCAUUUGUGGUGCUUGUGAUUCGGAAUAUAGCCUGAGCAAGCCUUGGCUUUGCAAGGUAACUCUUAGGAGGAAAGAACACAUUUUAUUUGAAAAUCCCUUCACUAAAUAAAAAAGUUAAACAUUCUGCUUUAGUCUAGAAAGGGGUAUUGAUAUUGCCUCCAAUCAUUAUUAAGUAAUAAUAUUGUUCAAACAGAAAAUAUAAGAAAUGGACCAGAAUAUAUCCAAUAUCAAUAUCCAAUUCAAUAUCCAAUCAGUGAAAAAAAACAAGCACCUUAACAUGCACUGCAUAUUAUCAAAUGUUGGCAGCUGUUUCUGUCAUUCAUAAUCGUUGACAUUAGGUCUUCUUUCACUCAUGAGGGCCGCACUGAUCUGAAACUGCCCUGCCCCGUGUCCUGUCAGUCUGUGGACUUUGAGAAACUGAAUGGAUUAACUAUUACUCCUGUGGUGGAGCAAGAGGAAAUCCUGCAAUAAUCAUUUGUAGGAUUUCUUUGCGUGGUGGUGGUGGGGAGGGGAAACAGCUAGCUUUCCAUUGUUGGAUCUCAUGCUGUGGAAAUUCUUCCCUACUGCCACCAAUCUCCAGUUUUUUCAGGGGCAGUAUUACUGUUCCCACUGGUUGAUAUGGGUUGUGGGCUGUCUGCCAUUUUUUGUGCCCUUCCACUAAUCAUCCUGAGGAAUGCAGGUCUAAUUCAUGGUGGUCAGAGCAGAGUUUUCAGGACUGCUACUCAGGAUAGAGUAGGAGAGAUGAGAUAGAUUUGUGCAAGCAUCCCAAGAUUUCUAAACUAGCAUUUUUCCUUUCUGACAUCUGACAAUACUCUGGUGUGAUUACUGUGCUGAUGAGCUGAUGCAUUUUCACAGUAUGCUCUUUGUAAUAAACAGUGUAGUUUGUCCUUGUUUUUCUGAACAUACUUUUAACCGUAGUAU